GCAUGUCAGAAAUAUUCCAUAGUGGUAUAGACAUAUGUAUGUGACUCGCAUGAGUAGCUUGAAGCGCGAUGCAGGGUGCAUAUACAAGGUACUCGACUUUAGGAGCUUGGAUGAGGAUAAGAUGCCUUCAACGGCAAUGCGAGCGCUCAAAUCGUGCCAUACAAUCCUCCAUUGUGUACCUCAGGUGCUGGGAUGAUGCACCUUGUGCUACGGCCUCCCUGAAAGACACCCCUACCGCACCAGAGACUCACCCCAACCGUAUGUACGAGUUUAGUUAGGGUUCAGGUGCCAAAAAAAUCAGAAUUCGUAGUAUAUGACCUGUCAAGGUCCAUCUGCACCCGGUGAUAUGGCUCUGUAGGCCAUUAGCGAGUACACCAUCGCAUGCAGUCGAACUUCUGUUGAGUGUCGUCUUUCGCGGUCAAAGCGGUGGCGGUGUGAUUACUAAG